CUUUUAGCGUUUCUCGCUCCUCGAGAAUUACACAGCGCAAACAAAAACUCAGAAAACUGUGAAGUAAAUAAACAGAGAGAGAGAGAAAGAAAAAACAGAGAAUGACAGCAUCAGGAGGAGGAUCCACGGCGGCGGGAGGAGCAGGAGCGACGGGGAGGAUGCCAACGUGGAAGGAGAGGGAGAACAACAAGAAGAGAGAGAGAAGGAGAAGAGCCAUAGCAGCUAAAAUAUUCACCGGACUCAGAUCUCAGGGUAAUUACAAGCUCCCUAAGCAUUGUGACAACAAUGAAGUACUCAAAGCUCUUUGCGUCGAAGCUGGUUGGAUCGUCCACGAAGACGGCACCACUUACCGAAAGGGUUCCCGACCAACAGAAACAACACCGCCGCGCGUGAGCGCGUGUUCGUCAAUCCAACUCAGUCCUCAUUCCUCAGCUUUUCAAAGCCCAGUUCCGUCGUAUCAAGCGAGCCCAGCCUCGUCAUCUUACCCAAGCCCGACCCGGUUCGACUCGAAUCAUUCCUCAACGUAUCUCAUCCCUUAUCUCCAAGACCUAGCUUCAUCCGGAAACCUAGCUCCUCUACGAAUUUCCAAUAGUGCCCCUGUCACACCUCCAGUUUCCUCUCCUAGAGGCUCACAUCCGAGACUACCCAAGCCACAGUUCAGCAACUUCCCAGUCUCCGCUCCUUCAAGCCCAACACGGCGUCUCCACCACCACUACACAUCGAUUCCUGAAUGCGACGAGUCAGAUGUCUCCACGGUCGAUUCUUGUCGAUGGACCCGUUUUCAACCGGUGACUGUUUCUCAGACAUGUCCGCCGUCGCCAACUUUUAACCUCGUCAAAAAUAGCGUUUGCGUUGGCGGCGGAGACGUUUCGGUGAAGCCGUGGGAAGGUGAGAAGAUUCACGAUGUUGGUGUCGAUGACUUGGAGCUGACGUUAGGUAACGCUAAAGGACGCGGCUAAGAGGAUAGUAUCGUAAUAAACGAUUAGAAGGGAGAACGGUUCGGUUACGUGUGUCCGGUUUAACCGUAACUAAUUUGGGAGGAUGACCUUCUUGGUCUGCUUCAUGCAUUCAUGGCCUAUGCACAGUCAUUAUCGUUAUCAAUGUUUCAUUUCACAAAAGUUAAUUUUCAUGUAUAAUUCUCCCUAUAUUUAUUUAAAGAAAUGGUGAUGGUUGAAUGAAAA